AUGGCUACCCCUAGUGUCCUAGCUUUUGACGCUGAGGGUCGCGCCAUUGAUUUUGAGGUCUGGUUAGACGACCUGCAGCUGUUCUUAAAGUGCGACAGGGCUGACGACCUUUCUCUCUUUGACCUCACCUCUGGCGCCUCUCCUGCUCCUGCUGCUGAUGCUGAUCCCACUGUCCGCUCUAAGUGGGCCACCCGCGAUGCUGCUGCACGUCUUGCUGUGCGUCGCCACCUCCCUACCUCUGAGCGUGCGCACUUUAGUCAGUACAAGAGUGCUCAGACCUUGUACGACGCUGUAGUUGCGCGCUACUCCUCCCCUGCCACUGCUGCACUGAGCCGUCUCAUGCUUCCCUACCUCUUUCCUGACCUCUCUGCCUUUCCCACUGUCGCUGACCUCAUUACUCACCUCCGCACUAGUGACACUCGCUACCGCGCCGCCCUUCCUGCUGAGUUCUGCGCUAAGAACCCCCCCCCCAUGUACAUCGCUCUCUACUACGUAGUCGCGCGCCUCCCUGACUCCCUUCGCGUCGUCAGGGACCACUUUCUCGCAGUCUGUCCCACCACCCUCACCGUCGACCUCCUCGAGAAGGCCCUCCUCGCAGCGGAGAAGAGCAUAGUCGCUGUAGGUGCUUCUCGUGGUGACCCUCGCACCCCCAUCUUUGAGGGGUGCUCUCCUUCCCCCUUGCUGCCCUCUGUUGCCUCUGCUGCUGCUGCCGACCUGCUUGGUCUUGAGUCGGUCGGCGCGGCGUCUGCCCCUAGUGGGAGACGUCGCUCCAGCAAGGGCAAGGGGGGCAAGGGCGCGGGUGGAGCUGGAGGGGGCGGUGGCGGUGGCGGCGGUGGCGGCGGAGGGAGUGGGGGUGGCGGCGGGACUAGUGGCGGGGGUGGUGGUGGUGGUGGCAGCAGUGGCGGAGACGGUGGUGGUGGUGCCAGCGGUGGUGGUGGAGGCAGCGGCGGUGGGGGAGGCGGCGGAGGUGGAGGCGGUGGAGGCGGCACCGGAGGAGGCGGUGGUGGUGGAGGAGGUGGAGCUGGUCGAGGUGGUACCCAGCAGCGUAGCGGCGGUGGUGGUGGCCAGCGCUCGCAGCGGCAGCAGCAGCAGCGCUCGCGGGACAUCCCUCCGCCUCAGCAGCUUCGUGAGUGGUACGCUGGGCGUCAGAGGGGUGGGGGUACUGGUCCCUGCACCUACGUUCUUCGUUCCGGCGACCGCGCGGGUGAGCAGUGUGGGGGUGCCCACGCCACCCAGCGCUGCUUUGGCCGCCUGACGGACGCUUGGCGUCAGCAGUUCCCUGGGGCUAGUGAGAUCCCUCGCUGGGAUGAGCUUCUCAGGGCUGGUGUAGCGAUCUUUGAUCUUGAUUUUGAUGCUAUCCUUGCUGCUAUGUAUGUUGUGGAUUAUAGUGAGGAGAAUGAGGGUUACCGUUGUUUCCAGCCCGACCCGGGCAUUGGUACUGCGGCGCUAGGUGCUUGUGAGGCUGCUGCUCUAGGUGCCAGUGCGUCUGUGCUCUCAGGUACUGGUGAGACUGCGCUCUCAGGUACUGCGUCGUCCUCGUCCUCCCUCACUUUCACGCUUGACUCCGGAGCUUCUCGCUCCUUCUUUCGAGACCGCACUACCCUUACGCCGCUCUGCCGGCCGGUUGCGGUCUCCCUUGCUGACCCCUCUGGGGGUCCUGUCCUGUCUCACUUCUCCACUGUCCUCCCGUGUCCGGCUGCCCCUUCGGGCACCCUGUCGGGUCUGUACCUUCCCUCGUUCUCUACGAACUUGGUGAGUGGAGCGGACCUGCAGGAUGUGGGGGUUCACCAGUUCACUCCUGCGAGUCAGCGGGUGACCCACUGCACGGACGCACGCACAGGCCGACACCUGGCCACGUUCUCGCGUCGGCCGGGGUCGAGUCUCUACACCCUGACCAUUGAGUCUCCUCCUGUCCCUGCGUCUGGUCAGGUGGCUGCGUCGGGUCAGGUGCUUGCUGCUGCGUCCCGGUCAGGUCCUGAGUCUGCCCCCUGUUCUUGUCGCCUCCUGUCUCACGAGACUCUCCUGUGGCACCACCGUCUUGGCCACCCCUCCUUGCCCCGUCUUCGGAGCAUGGCUUCCCGUGUCCUUGUCUCUGGUCUUCCCCAGUCUCUCCCUCCUCUCCCCUCCGGGCCAGGACCUUCCUGUGUCCCCUGUGUCGAGGGUCGCCUCCGGGCUACUCCUCACUCCUCCCACUUCCCCCCGACAGAGGCUCCCCUGCAGACGCUUCACAUGGAUGUGUGGGGCCCAGCCCCCGUCCGUGGGCAGGGUUACGAGCGCUACUUCCUGUUGGUGGUUGACGACUACUCGCGUUACUCCACAGUCCUCCCCUUGCGCAGCAAGGGUGAGGUCACUGAGGUGCUGAUCGACUGGAUCCGCGAGGCUCGUCUCCAGCUUAGGAAGAGCUUCGGCUCGGACUUUCCUGUUCUGCGUCUGCACUCUGACAGAGGCGGAGAGUUCUCUUCUCGCCUUCUGCGGGACUACUCACGUGCACGGGGGAUCCGCCAGACCUUCACGCUUCCGGACUCACCACAGCAAAAUGGGAUUGCUGAGCGCCGCAUUGGCAUGGUCAUGGAUGUCGCUCGUACGUCCAUGAUGCAUGCGGCUGCCCCCCAUUUUCUGUGGCCGUUUGCGGUGAGGUACGCGGCGCAUCAGCUCAACCUUCACCCCCGGGGAUCUUGGGCGUUUGUCCGCGACUUGUCUGCGGACAAGCUGUCCCCUCGUGCUGCUCCUUGUGUCUUCCUUGGCUUCCCCACUGACGCCCCAGGGUGGCAGUUUUACCACCCCUCCUCUCGUUGUGUUCUGUCCUCCCAGGACGUCACGUUCGACGAGUCAGUCCCCUUCUACCGUCUCUUCCCCUACCGCACUCCUUCCCUCCCCCCUCCCCCGGACUUCCUUGUGCCGGUUCCCCCCCCAGUAGACCCCCUCCCCCCUCAGGUUCCUGCCCCCUCAGGUGUGUCCCAGGUAGACGCCGUUGACCCGGUCGAGGUUACUGGUGACUCUGGUGCUGCUGCGGGUGCUGAGCCUGGGGGUGCUGACUCUGGGGGUGCUGUACGCGGGGGUGCUGAGCGUGGGGGUACUACUGCUGGGGGUACUGGGCCUGAGGGUGCUACUGCGGAGGGUGCGGAGCCUGGGGGUGCUGAGCCGGGGGGUGCUGUGCCUGGAGGUGCUGGGUCUGGGGGUGCUGGGUCGAGAGCUGCUGCACCUGGGGGUGCUGAGCUGGGAGCUGCUGAGCCUGGGGGUGCUGCGUCUGGAGCUGCUGAGCCUGGGGUUUCUCCUGCUGCUGCGUCUCGCCGGGAGCCCCUCUCUCCACAGGAGCUGCGUGAGUGGUUCGCUCGCCGCUGGAGGCGUGCUGCUGAGUCUGGAGGUGCUGCUGGAGCUGGAGCUGGAGCUUCUUCGACCGUCGAGGGUGCGGGUGCUGCCGGUCCCGGAGCUGCUGGACCUGCAGGUCCUCCUGGAGCUGGAGCUGCUGAGGGCGUUGGUGCUGAGUCUACUGCUGUUGGUCCUGCCGCUGGAGGUGUGGGUGGCGCUGGUGCUGUCGCUGAGGGUGCUGGUGCUGUCGCUGAGGGUGCUGGUGCUGUCCCUGCUGAGUCUGGAGCUGCCGCGCGGCCUCGACCGUACUUCGUUCCGCUCUUGCAGCACGUUCUGGGUCUUUCUGUGAGAAUAAGCGAACAGGAAUGGAUGAACUAG